AUCACUCUCCUUUUUCCGCUCAACUUCCGUUUCCGUUUAGUGUCUGUUCAUGUAAACAUGUGACCACGAGGGAACGGAGAUAUUUUUAAUAUAAAUGAUUAAGUGACAUAUUUCUUUUGCAACUAACUUAUUUCAUCUGCAAUAGAAUUGUACACAGUUAAAUAUAUUCCAUUCUCCCUGUACCGAGUAGUUACCGAACCAGAAAGAGUAACACUGCUCUAAGGUCUGCUACGGAGACCAUGCCAGCUACAACCUUAUACAUAGCUUCUCUUCCAGCCACAGCUUCUAACCAGCGACUUGAAGAAAUCUUCUCCGAAGUUGGCCCGGUCAAGCAAUGUUUUGUGGUCAGAGAGAAAGGCUUAGAAAUAUGUCGUGGAUUCGGGUAUGUCACAUAUUCGAUGGAAGAAGAUGCCCAGCAAGCUCUGAAAACAAUCAAAGAAUACGACGGACAUCGGAUUUCUCUGUCAUUGGCCAAAAAGAAACUAAAGGAUACGGAUAAGAAAAAGGCCCCAAAGGAGAAUGAGCAGAAACCAAAAGGCUUCAGGACGAAUCAGCUGAAAGCGAAACUCAUUAUAAGGAACCUCAGUUUUAAGUGUUCAGAAGAUGAUCUGAAGGAGGUUUUUUCAAAGUACGGUGCAGUUCUGGAGACAAAAAUCCCUCUGAAACCUGAUGGGAAGAUGCGAGGAUUUGCAUUUGUCAUGUUUAAAACUGUGUAUCAGGCUUCCAAAGCACUCAGUGCAAUGAACUUGAAGGAAAUAAAAGGGAGGCAGGUAGCAGUUGACUGGGCUGUAGCUAAAGACAAGUAUAUGGCUGCACUCCAGUCUGUAACUCCAGAAAAUAAAGGUGUAAAGGACACAGCAAAACAGUCAGACCCUGAAACAGAUGAUGAUGAAAAACAGACACAAGCUUCACCUUCAACAAAAACAAUUCUGAACAAACCAGAUAAGCAGCAUGUAAAAAAGAUUCAAACUGAAGAUAAGGAUGACAGCAGUGAACAACACAGUGAGGAAGAGGAAGAUGAUGACAAUGAAGCUGGAAGUAGCCUUGGGUCAGAUGAGAGUCCUGUUGAGAGUGAAGAUGAUGAGAAUGAUGAAGAGGAGGAUGAGGACAAUGAUGAUGGAGAAUCAACCCAAAGGAAAACCCCUAAGAAAUGUCUCCCUUCAGACGUGAAAGAAGGCAGAACCAUUUUUAUAAGGAACCUGUCUUUUGACACUGAGGAGGACGUUCUAGAAGAAGUUCUUCUCCAGUACGGAGAACUUAAUUACAUAAAGGUUGUUCUUCACCCAGACACAGGCCAUUCAAAAGGUUGUGCCUUUUGUCAGUUUAAGACAAAAGAGGCUGCAGACAAAUGCAUAGCUGUAGCUCAGGAUGAGGCUGAGAAUGGUGGCAUUCGUGUGGAUGGCAGGAAGCUCUUAAUCGUGGCAGCUGUGACCAGAGAGGAUGCCACUACACUGAAGGUCAAAAAAGUGAAGGUUGAAACAGGAACCAGAAAUUUGUACCUGGCCAGAGAGGGACUGAUUCGAGCUGGAACCAAGGUUGCUGAGGGUGUGUCUGAAUCCGACAUGAUCAAACGAACAAGAUUUGAAGAAGUAAAGAGGGCCAAGCUUCGGGAUAUUAAUGUUUUUGUAUCAAAGACUCGUCUGUGUGUUCACAAUCUUUCGAAAUCCGUAGACAAUAAGAAACUGAAAGCACUAUGUCUUCAAGCUUUGAAGGGACUUAAGGGUGUGCGCAUAACAGAGUGUCGGGUAAUGUAUGAUAAAAAGCCAGUGAAGGGUCAGGCCAUGGGGCGGUCCUUGGGUUAUGGCUUUGUCCAGUUUCAGGAGCAUGAUCAUGCUCUAAGGACGCUCCGUCACCUCAACAACAACCCUGACAUUUUUGGGUCAAACAAGAGACCUAUUGUGGAGUUUUCAUUAGAAGAUUCGAGGAAACUCAAACUAAAAGAAAAGAGACAACAAAAGAACAAGGAGUUCUCCAAAAAACAUUUGUUUAAAGGAGAAUCAAGAUCUCAGAAUCAAACAGACGAAAGCAGAAAAGGUCCCAAAAAAGGUGGAUGUAAACCACAGACCACAUCAGAGCUACCUGGGAAGGAGAAAGUUCCUCCUCAAGACCAGAAGAAGGGACAGCACUAUUCAGGCUUUCAGACACAACCUACAGUUGAAUUUGUAGACUUGCAGGACGGAAAGAAACGGAAAAAGGUUCUUCCUUUACCUACUCAUCGGGGACCAAAGAUCAGAAUGCGUGAUAAAGGAAAAAAGCAAGAGGCACCAUCUAAAAAGGCAAAGCCUGGAUCAAAAAGAAUGAAGAAAGGAUGGCAGAUGGAGAAACCCACACGGCCUAGAAACCAGAAAGGGACGUCAGCCAACAAGCAUGCCAGGAGCAGAGGUGGAGAUCGUUUUGACAGCCUAGUGGAACAGUACAAGAAAAAACUGAUGGGGAACACUGGCAAGAGCAUCAACUUAAAAAAAACCAAAUGGUUUAAUAGUUGAGUGUUUAUGUGUUUGUGUGCAUGUGUGUCGGCCGCAACAGGCAUCUUUGUGCGCAUAUGUCAUUAUAACACAAAGUGGAAGAAAAAAAAA